CAGAAUUAUUUGGUGAUGGGAGAUGGCAGGUAUGUGACCGCAUCUCAAUAUAUUACGUUUUUUUUCAAGAAAAUUUUGAUGCCGUGCGGGUUAUGUGCGAUACCUGUGAUACAACCAGCAAAUCCAUCGGAAAGCAAAAUGUCACCUUACGGUAACGAGCCAGGAAUCAAGAAACUAAUUCGACCAUCCGAGCUACCGAUUUAUCCCUUUGAAGACGAUUACUCUAAACAGACCCCAUGCACAGAUUGUUCACCCUCUGCUUUGGAACAGAAUAUAUCCAAAAUUCGAAAGUCUGUUCAAGCAGUUGUGUCAGAGUAUCAACAUUAUACUGGCGUGAUCUCUGAUACCAUUGACACUGGUGUCGAACACAGCAGAUCUCUUUUGGAUUAUCUUCGUGAAGAAAGUAAUGUUAUGCCACGAGUGGGUGCCAUUGCUAUCGGUGGAUUGGCUGGAUUAGUGCUUGGACUUCGAGGACGCACAUUUAAGCGAUUGGUAUAUUCUAGCACAGGUGCUCUCGCUACAGCAGCUAUCUGUUAUCCUAAAAAGGCGGAAGAGGGUCUUGACACGGCAAAGCAUUACAUAAAUGUCGGCUACAAUUUUGUUUAUGGUGUCAAGCCGGGUGACAACCGAGAGCUGGAAAUCACAAUGCCAGAGUUGCCAAAAUUCAAAUUACCGACAUCUUUUUCGGAAUUUGUAGAUUUAACAAUUGUCACAGGUUCGGCAGUAGCUACCACUGUUGGUAGUUUUGCACAGAACGCAUAUACAUCUUUAAGUAGUAACAAGGAGGAACGUUGUAUCUCUCGUAGGGUGGAUAUGGUAACUAUGAACUCCGAAAAAUCGGCUUGCCGCCGAAAACCAGUGGAGAAGAGCAGCAGCAGUAGCGGUAGCGGCAAAAAGACGUCCGAACAUGUCGAAGAAACGGAUAAAAAGAACGAGGACGUUCGUAUGAACGAGUCUCCGGAUUUAUCUCCCAACACCCCCACCUACAACGUCACUGCCUCUUGCGCCGAAGACACCCCUAAUUACCUUGUCUACAAGAAGAUGGAGUCGAUUGUGGAAAAAAUGUUAGACGAAUUUACUGGUGUCCCUGUAAAGACAGUCAAGACUUUUAUGACAAAGACGCCUUCUGUUUUCACAGGCACAGAUCUUAUAACAUGGAUGAUGAAGAACAUGGAUAUAGAUGAUCAAGAAGCUCUUCAUGUGGCUCAUCUUAUGGCAUCCCACGGAUAUUUCUUUCCUAUCGACGACCACUGCCUUACCGUAAAGAAUGAUAACACAUUCUACAGGUUUCAAACGCCCUAUUUUUGGCCAUCAAAUUGUUGGGAACCUGAAAACACUGAUUAUGCUGUCUAUUUAUGCAAAAGGACGAUGCAGAAUAAAACGCGAUUGGAAUUGGCGGACUAUGAAGCGGAGAACUUAGCUAGAUUACAAAAGAUGUUUUCACGAAAAUGGGAAUUUAUUUUUAUGCAGGCAGAAGCACAGAGCAAAGUUGACAAGAAGAGGGACAAAUUAGAAAGAAAGGUCUUGGAUAGCCAAGAAAGAGCCUUCUGGGAUGUACAUCGGCCAUUGCCCGGAUGUGUAAAUACUACGGAACUGGAUAUUAAGAAGGCUUGUCGCAGUUAUAAAUCUGUUGUACAACCAAGUAAGCAUUUGCAAUUGGGCGUUGCAGGUGGCAAAAUAUCGCCGUCUGCGGAAUCGAAUGCGACCUCAUCGAUAGAAUUUUUGCAGAAGCAGAUCGAGACUCUGAAAGACAGACUGGACAGAACGGUCAUCAAAGUUUCGAAAGUUGCAGAAGCUUUGAUCGGAUACUUCGAGCAGUACAUGGAAUACGAUCCCUUCUUCACUCAACCCGAGUUAACAAAUCCAUGGAUAUCCGAUAGCCCGGAAAUGUGGGAGCAAGAGAAAUUAGCGAAAGAAAUAUCCACGAGAAGGGUAAAGAGAUGGGCGUUCAGCCUUCAAGAACUUCUGCGAGAUCCUGUCGGUAGAGAACAAUUUAUACGCUUUUUAGAUAAGGAAUUUAGCGGCGAGAAUCUCAAAUUUUGGGAAACCGUUCAAGAAUUGAAAACUUUACCGCAGAAAGAUGUCCAGACUAAAGUUGAAGAGAUAUGGCAUGAAUUUUUGGACACGGACGCCAGUUGUCCGAUCAAUGUCGAUUCUCGGUCUUACGAAAUAACAAAAAAGAAUCUCGAAAAAGCAGAUCAAUGGUGUUUCGAUGUUGCUGCGGCACAUGUAUAUCAUCUGAUGAAGAGCGAUAGUUACUCGAGAUAUUUACGUUCGGAAAUGUACAAAGAUUUUCUUAACGGAUCCAAGAAAAAGACUUCCGUGAAAGGCAUUCGUUCCAUCGUUUCCUUCACUGGAAGAAGAGACACUACAACUUCAUAAUUUGCCAAUGUUUCUUACGCUUGCUACAUAAUCUUGCAUCUCUACUUGCCAAUUCGUUUUUUCUUUGUCUCCAUCAAACAUUGCACAAAACUGACAAGGAAAUUUUGAGGUUUGAAAAGUACUUUCUAUUUAACUUUCUAUUUUGCAUUAUUCUUUGACGUAUUUGUAAUUAAAUAUUUUAUAUCAGUAAUUAUACAACAGUUAAGAUUGCUUAAAAUAUUAUCAAAGAGUCAUAUGCUUGCCACGGAUUCAUUACAGAAUAAAAGAGAUUGAUCACAAAUCAAUUCUUGCAUUUGUCCAAUACUUUACAUCGAUUGUUUAUGAUAUUCAUUUAAUUGUGAUCUUGUUAUCGAUUUCAAAUGAUUUUGACAUAAUUUCUAUUUAAAACAUUCAAAUAUUUAACAUUAAGGAGAUUAAAACAUCCAAAAUAUGGCGUGCAAUCAAAUUUUUACUAAAAAAACAUAAUUUCAAGUUUACAAAAUAUUGCUGUUUGUGGGAAGUAUAUCUUUUGUUAUAUAUAUAUAUAUAUAUAUAUAUAUAUAUAUAUUUUAUUAUAAAACUUAUCCCACAUUACAGCAUAUAUACUUUUGAGCAAUUUAACAAGAUACAUAAUGCAUGUAAAUAAAGCUGAACUGAAGAACUAGGAAUGUUAGAAAAAUACAUAUAGUAUAACAUUAAUUAAUUGUAUAGUUAGUAUAGUCGGAGGGAAUAUGUAUUAUCUUCAACAAAUCAAACAAGGGAGAAUUGAGCAAAAGACACGCACAUACAUGUAUAUAAAUAUAUUUUGCAUACAUGGCUCUACAGCUCUACACAACUAAUCUCAGCAUUGCCGAAAUUUUGAAGAAGAUUAUUUAUAACAGAUAUCUCAUUCCAUUGUUCUCAUCCUUAGUUUUCUUCGAGUUGCUAUAUUCGCAUUCAAUAUACACAAAACUUGUGUCAGAAAAGUCCUAGAACUAAGUGGAUUACAAUAAAACUAAAUUAGAAAAAAAAGGAACACUGUGAUGGAACAAAUUAUAAUGUAAAAAAAAAUUUGUUAGAUGCAGAACGCAUAGAUCUCUAAAUCAGAACGUAUGGAUCUGGAUAUUAUAUUAAAUAAAGAAUAUUUAGAAACCA